AUGCCAGAACGUCAAUUAGGUGAGAAUGGUCCAAAAGUACCAGCUAUUAGUUAUGGAGUAAUGGGUUUAUCAGUAGCAUAUGGAACUGUCGGAUCUGAUGAAGAACGAUUCAAAGUCUUGGAUCGUGCUAUUGAACUUGGUAGUACCUAUUUUGAUAGUGCCGAUGUGUAUGGUGAUAAUGAAGAUUUAUUAGGAAAAUAUUUCAAGAAAUAUCCACAACAACGUAAAAAGGUGUUUCUUGCAACAAAAUUUGCCGGUGUAAUCGAUCCUGACACCAAAGCCUACUCAAUUCGUGGUGAUGCACAAUAUGUUCUUGAAGCAUGUGAAAAAAGUUUAAAAAGACUCGGCAUUGAUUCAAUUGAUCUUUAUUAUGUUCAUCGUAUUGACAAAACUGUACCAAUUGAAGAAACAAUGAGUGCUUUGAAAGAACUUGUUAAAGCUGGUAAAAUCAAAUAUAUUGGUUUAUCUGAAUGUUCAAGUGAUACAUUACGACGAGCCUGUGCUAUUCAUCCAGUUGCUUGUGUACAAAUUGAAUAUUCACCAUUUAGCUUGGAUAUUGAAAGAGAUGAAAUUGGUCUUUUAAAAACAUGCAGAGAACUUGGUGUAGCUAUUGUUUGUUAUUCACCACUCGGUCGUGGAUUAUUUAGUGGACAAAUUAAAAAUCCAGAUGAUUUUGCAGCAGAUGAUUUUCGACGAAUAAUUCCACGUUUUUCCAAGGAAAACUUUCCGAAGAAUCUUAAAUUGGUCGAUGAACUGACGGUAAUAGCCAAUAGAAAAGGUUGUACGCCAGGUCAAUUAACAUUAGCAUGGAUUCUUGCUCAAGGCAAUGACUUUAUUGCAAUACCAGGUACAAGUAAAAUCAAAAACUUAGAAGAAAAUGUUGCGGCUGUUCAGAUCAAGUUAAGCAAAGAAGAAAUACAAGAAAUUCGAGAAAAAUGUGAAAAGGCCGAUGUAGUUGGUGAACGAUAUCCUGAAUUCGUCUGCGACUCUCUAUUUAGUGACUCAGCUCCAAAGAAGAACUAA